AUGAGGUUUAUAGUGUUACGCGUGUUAGGAUUUGCCGGAUUCUUUUGCAUUGGCGAAUUAUUAGCUUUGAAAGUUAAGGACUUGGAAGAUAAACAAGAUUCAUUUGAAAUUAUUGUUAAAAAAUCUAAAAGAGCUAAGAGCAUGUCAUAUUGUCCGGAUUCUUAUUUAAUUUGUCGUUUGGCGAAAACAAAGACAGGCCACAUUGUAUUAGGGCACCUUUCUAUAUCCUACGAAAGCGCAAGAAAAACAUUUCACGAACAUUUGAAUACAAUUCAAAAAGUACCGGAAAAUUUUGGGUUACAUUCUUUACGCUCAGGUGGAGCUAGUGCUGCUGCAAAUAACAGCGUCACUGACAGAAUGAUAAGUAAACACGGCAGGUGGUCAUCAAGUUCCAGUAGGCACGGGUACAUAAAAUAUGGCAAAUCUCAACGACUCUCUAUAAGCAAAGAUUUAGGAUUGUAA